AUGGUGUCUGAACUACAGUGUACUGUUCAAGAAGUUCCAGAUAUUCUACACACUGUUCGAAGUGCUGUGGUUAUCAAUCAGUUUGGCGAAAUAAUCAAGGUGACCAAGAAUGAUGUAUUUAAAGUCUCCAAUGGUGAGCAGACAGAAGAGUGGAUAUUAGAGGUUCAUUGCAUUAUUCUUGUUGGGCCUAUACGUUGCAGUUUCUACACCUUUGUCGAUGGGAGAUACUUCAUCCCUGCCUUUCAUAACAGACAAGUUGUCUAUCAUCAAUGGACUGGAACUCCUAAAUUUAUGCCUCACUUAUAUGAAAGGGAUAGUGUUCAACCCAUAUGCAACCUGCAAAGGAAAGUGAUUAUGUAUCCUGAACCAGAAAACACAGAAAAUCCAAGUUAUUUCCUUUGUAUUGACUUCAACAAACCUGAACUUUUAAAGCCCGUACAGGUUCCAGUUUAUCCUGAACUUGGAGAUACUGUGAAGAUAAAAGGAGCAGGUAAUCAGGAGUGGUAUGGUAAAGUGCUGAACGUAAAUUUGACACAACGGAAAGUCACAGUACAAUGGUAUCAAGAAACCAACCGUCCUGGAAUUUGGUCAGCACUAAAGGACGAAGAUGAGGUGAAUUUUCGGUCCAUAAUUUCUCUGGCUACUGCCAAAAAAACGUUUGGAGGGUUUGCUAUAAAUGAUACGUAA